AUGCUUCCUCCUGAAAGCGAGAGCAAACAGGUUGUAGCGGUAUAUUUCCUAGCACCAUUCAGUCAGCAUGAUGAUGGUACCCUCAAAGCGCUAUCCGUUAUGCGACCAGGCACAGUCCGCGCAGUACUGAUCGGCUUCCAGGACUCCGAGAUGAUAGAGGACAUCAAGAUUCUGCAGAAGAAGUGCAAAAAAAAUCGGCUGGAACGCCGAAACGCACUGGCUCCCUAG